CAUUUACGUAGAAAGGAAAAAAAAAAAAAAAGGGAAGUGGGCAGUAAUGAAGUAGACUACGUUGCUGUAAACGAAUGUACUUGUUUGGUUUUAAUUGUUGCUUUUAUCUAUUCACAUUUGGAUAUAGAAAUGACGACUGGCACUUUUAAUUUGAAUGAUUUAACUGAUGAAGAGAAGCAGCUGUUACAAAGUAUUAAAGAAAAGAAAAAACAAUUGCUGCUGGAAAUUCAGGAGCUGAAAAAAGAAAUUGAAGAUGUAACCAACGAGCUGGAAGGGAUCGACAUGGCUGAUGAAAAUAAGCCAGAUCCUAAAGCCAAACAGAUUUCCAUAGGGAGGAAGAAAUUUAAUAUGGAUCCCAAAAAGGGCAUAGAGUAUCUGAUAGAUCAUGGCCUACUUCAACACACACCAGAAGAUGUAGCUAGGUUUUUAUUUCAAGGUGAAGGUCUCAAUAAAACUGCCAUAGGAGACUAUUUAGGAGAAAGGCAAGACUUCAAUAUGGCUGUGCUGAAAGCCUUUGUGAAUCUCCACGAGUUUACUGAUAUGAUCUUAGUUCAAGCCUUAAGACAAUUCUUGUGGAGCUUCCGUCUGCCUGGCGAGGCACAAAAAAUUGACAGAAUGAUGGAGUCCUUUGCGGAAAGAUAUUGUUCUCUGAAUCCUGGUGUGUUUGUCAACACUGAUACCUGCUAUGUAUUGUCCUUUGCUAUCAUCAUGCUGAAUACCAGCCUGCACAAUCCCAGCGUUAAAGAUAAGCCAACAGUGGAUAGGUUUAUACAGAUGAACAGGGGCAUUAAUGAUGGAGGAAAUCUGCCAGAGGAACUUUUAAUAAAUCUGUAUGACAAUAUUAAAAAAGAACCUUUCAAAAUCCCUGAAGAUGAUGGUAAUGAUCUCAUGCAUACAUUCUUCAACCCUGUCAAGGAAGGCUGGCUUAAUAAACAAGGAGGCAGAGUGAAGAACUGGAAACGUCGAUGGUUUAUUUUGAACGACAAUUGUCUUUAUUACUUUCAGUAUACAACAGAUAAAGAGCCCAAAGGAAUCAUCCCUCUGGAAAAUAUCCAAGUGCGGGAAGUCACGAAUGAAAGGUCAAGGCCUAACAGCUUUGAGCUCUUCUCUCCGGGUUCAACUGACAUUAUUAAAGCAUGUAAGGUGGAUUCGGAUGGCAGGGUUGUGGAAGGUCGUCACAAUGUGUACAGAAUGGCAGCUAACACUGUGGAAGACAAGGAGGAAUGGAUCAACUGUAUCAGAUCAAGUAUCAAUGAUAAUCCAUUCUACGACAUGCUGGCUGCCAGGAGAAAAAACGCAACCGGCUCAACGGGGCGACCAAGAUAGCAGCUGACCUAAAUAUCAGUUGGAUACAGCAACUGGGUACAAGUUAUUAUCUCUGCUUAGCAGUUUGGUUAAUGUAUUGUAACGGUGGACAGCAAGUGAUGGAUGUACUGUGUGAGUGCAUGUCAAAUAAUAGAUGCGCUGUGUGAAUAGAUACCAAGUCAAACUUAGAGGCUGCGUGCAAAAGUGAGAUGCUUGACUUUUUUUUUUCUUCUGAAUUUUGGUUUUUAUCAUUUCAAGCAUAAUCUGAAUCAAUGCCAUGGCUUAAUUGUUUGUCUGUUGAGUUCACCAAAGGAGCUUUAAGAAUUCUUUGAACAUUUGUAUUUAUUUGUAUUUUAAAAGCUGAAAAACACAAGUCUGUAUUAACUGACAAUUUGUUCUGCAAGAAAUGCUAUUUAAGGCCUAAAGUCAAAGUGUGUGAAAAGUUAGUCUCCCCUUAGCAACUGUUUUUUUUUUUUUUUUUUAACUUUUUUUUAUUUUAAUGUUUUAGUUGACACUGUUUAAGAUAGCUGCCAUGCUCUAGUCACAGUGCCUCAGUUGACUAUUGUGUUAUUUUAAAUAAAAGCUUGGUUGUGAAACUUUCAAAUCAAGAUAAUGAAAAGAUGCUAAAAAUAAUGUUAAUAUCCACAUUGUGUAAUUUUAAUUUAAUCGAAACACCCCCCCCCCCCCCCCCCCCCCCCAUGACUAAACAAAACAAAUAAAGUUGUAAAGAUUUUAUCAGACUGCCAUUGGCCCUUGGGUCACAAAUUCACAUGUUUCCUGUGUAUGUGUUUUUACAACCAAUGUUUUUAAUUCAAUGAUUCUUAUGUAUUUUAAUUUGUAUGGUACAAUCAGAUUGUCUGGUGUUUUAAUUAAGUGGUUAGGGGGUGGGAAAGGUAAAAGAGAUGCCUAUUAGUGGAUGUCUGUUUAGUAUCUGGUUUGAUAAACUAUGAUAGAAAACUCUUGACUUGGGGGGAACAAGUAUUUAAUUCUUUUAAUGGGUUUUUUAUUUUAUUUAGCAAACUUAAAUCUUAUUUCUGAAGGUAAUGACAAAUGUUAGAUUGUUCAUUUCACAAAAUGUAUUGUUGAACAUAUCUCAAGAAGAUUGAACUCUAUGUAUUUAUAUUCGAACUCCCUACAAGUGGACACUUACUGCUAGUCUUCAACUCUUUCUGUACAAUAUCUUCUUACUGUCGCACUAGUGACAUUCAAGUAUUAGUUUUGUAUUUAACUAUUUUAGGUAAGUUAUUUAAGGUUUUCAACAGUUGUAUGUCUCAAAGCUAAAGAGAAUAUAAUUCUGUUGUCAAUUAUUCAGUUUUUAUGUACUGAAGCUGUAGCUUACUUUUUUGUGGUUCAGAUAAAUGUGUUCUUGGUUUCCCUCCCCCUGUAAACCCCCCCCCCCCCCCCUAUUUUUCCCCAUACUUAACUCCUAAAAAUCCAUGGUUUUUAUUUUAAUCGGAAAGGUCAAAGUUGAGAACUGUUGGAUUUGGAUUGUUUUAUUUACCAUGAAUGUCAACUACAAUAUUUGUUGCUGUGAACUACACAGCACGCAGUGACUUGUCUUCAGGAACUGAGGGAGUCUCGAAUACCAUUAAGACUAGGACUCUGAACUUGAUGGAUUUUUAGGAUGCCCAGAGUCCAGAUAAGUCUAAUGGGUACGUGACAUAUUCUGGGGAAGUAAAGGCGGUUGGUUGAUUGCUGGCACCCUUGUCAACCCUCAGCUAUAGAAAUAGAUGAGCUUUACAUUAUCUGUCCCCAUAGAUUGCAAAGUCUGAAUGGGGUAACUUCACAAAGGUUUAGACCUAAUCAAUAUUUUGUUUGCAUAGCCAAGAGUAUUGUAGGACAUCUUUGGUUCAUUUUUUUUUAUUUAAUUUGGACUUCAACCUUAAUGAUCCAAGCAUUAUUAAUGUAUUUAUGGUACUGACAUCUAUGCCUUGCGUAGACUGCUAGCAUGCCACCACUAGUGUAUAUAAUUGUGUACAUAAUUGGCUCGUGUUGCAUGAGAUCUCUUUUUUUUUUCCCCCAAUCAUCUCUUAGUGUACAUAUGUCAGUAUGGAUGUCAUGUACAUAGUCAACUCCUAUCAUGAACUUAUAGUGCUAUAUAUAUUGUACAUAGAAACUCAGUGUCUAUACUUAUAUUGUUUACUUCCUUCCCCUCCCCUGUGUCACAGUGCCUUGAAGGCAAGUUUUCCUCUUCAUUUUGUUUACAACUGUGUUAUAUAGGUUAGUGUGAUCUAGUCCACAGUGCUCAUCCUGUACAAUAAUUUGGUGGGGGGUCAAGGUUGAAGCCUUGGCCUUCCUUUUCAUGACUUGUCUCAAAGCUUCAGUUGCCUGUUAUUUAUUUCUAUUUUGAUGCGCAUUCUAAAACAACUGCUUGCUCUCUCUCUCUCUCUCCACAUUGAGUUUUCAUCAGUUUUAUUUUGUUUUGCUGCUGGUUUUUUUUUAAGUUUUUAUCAGUGUUUGUGUUUACUUGAUAGCUCUUUCUAGAUUGUUUUAAAAGUUGUGUCUGGGUGGCACAUUAACAUAGGAGCUUGGUCAUUUUAUUUUUAACUACAAAGUAAGCUUUUUUUUUUCUUUAACCCAUUAGCUCCUUCUGCAGUUGGAAACAUUUUCCCUUUUUUGUCCUAAACCGUUGUAGAACGUUUCUAAAAUCCCCUAUUCAAUAUACUUGAUUUAAACUUUGUAAAAACAAGAUUUCUUCUAGUCUCGUUGCAAGCGUGAUUACAAAUAAUUUUGGAGAUUACCGAUUCUAUUUCUAAUAAAAUCGGAAAGGUUUUUAUUUUUUAAAUAAUUUUUCAAACGAACAGGCCCAUAGCCCCAGUGUAUAAGCCCCCACGUGGGAAAAUGACUAUUUUUGAAGUUUUUUAUAUUCUAGUGGUAUUAAACGUAUAUAUUUUUUAAAACUAGACAUAUAGUUCUAUUUUUUUAAGUUAUUUGUUUGUUUAUUUGUAUUAGAUCUUCAAUUUGAUUAUUUUUUGCAAAAUACAUAUUUUUUAGGAUUUUUUUAAUACGGAGUUAUCCCUCCUUGCUUAGGACUUUGAAGGGGGGGGGGGGUUUGAACCGGAAAUAGGAGCUAUUGGGUUAAGAAUCACUUUUUGAGAAUCACUUUUAUGUAUGAUCAAAUGAUUUGUUCUUUUUAGUUGAGCCCCAGCCACAGCUGGGUAAGUGAACUAGUAAUUAUCCAGCUUUAGAACAAAAAUGUACAGAACAAAACAUUAUCAUUUAGCUGUGUUACUAGAUCAAUUAUCAUGUACCACUUCUUCCAUCAAGAUCACAUUAUUUAACUGUUAUUGAUAGUCCACUGUAAGAAUCAAACUCUCAUUCAAAGUGUGGAGUCAAUUCAUCUCACAUUGUCUGCAAGGUUCAAAUCAAAGUCAAGUCUAGAACAAAGUCCCAUGUUUGAGCUAAUGUAUCAGUUAUCUUACACCCCAUUGGUUGGUGCUGCUGUUAUGUUAUCUUACACCCCAUUGGUUGGUGCUGCUGUUAUAUCACCUCAAAAUAAUACUCAAAAUUGUUUUUUUCAUUAGUCACACUAUCUUUCCACUCAUUGCAAGCAUUCUAUUUGGAACAAUCACGGAAAUGUCACGCUAAAUUUACUUGUAGUCAAACUUGUACUAUUAAAAUAUAUAAUCUGAUUCAAAUGUUUUUCUUCUUAAACCAUUAACUUGAGAGUCUAUCAGAAUAUUUGUGUACUGUUCAACAAAAUGUAUUUUGGACAAAAGAUUCUGAAAAGCAAACAUAAUUUUGACUAAUUUGUCUUAAAAAAAUUUGUUUUGUCACUGAUUUGUUUCAUAUUUUAAAUUUUAACUAUAACACUAACCUUCACCUUGUUCUAAAGUAUCAUAUCACAUGCAAUAAGACUUGCUGAAAAAAUCGUUUGAAGGAAAACUCCUGCCUAAACAUAUUUUCACUUGAUCUAGUUUUUUUACAUUUGUAUUAAGCCCAUGCCUGAAUAGAAUAUACUGUUGAUAACAAACAAAAUAAAAAAAAUAACACCUUAAAUUAUUCAUCUUUUACUUUAAUAAAUAUUAAUUAUUAUUACCUACAUUAUUUCUAGGCUGGUAGGCUGAUUUGGCUGUGGAAUAUGACUUUGUUGCCUUUAGUUGACUUCAUUUUUUUUUUAUUCGAAAAAAGUGAAAUGUAAAUUUCUUUCUUGUUCUUAAUAUUUUUAAAAAAUUUACAGCUUAAAUUAUUCAUAUUUUUUACUUUAAUAAAUAUUAAUUAUUAUUACCUACAUUAUUUCUAGGCUGGUAGGCUGAUUUGGCUGAGGCCUAUGACUUUGUUGCCAUUAGUUGACUUCAUGUUUUUUUUAUUCGAAAAAAGUGAAUGUAAAUUUCUUUCUUGUUCUUAAUAUUAAAAAAAAAAUUAGGCAGGAGUUUCACUUUCAGCAAGUUAUCAUCAAGUUCAAUUUUUGUAUCUACUAUAAUGUCCUUAGUUGUUUGAGAUCAAUAGAUGGGACAUAUCAUAGUGUAUCCACAAACUAUCUUGUGGUCAGAGUCGUCUCUAUGGAGACGUUUAUUUAUUGUAACAACUUGGGUUUUCUACAUUUGGCAGCACCAGAACAUAUAUAGAUAUCAUUUUCAAUCCAUGUAUGUAUUUGAUUUGUAGAAAAUAUUUUCAAACUACAAUUGUAUUCAGUGUGUACCAGUAUAUAACCAGGUCAACUUGUUGCUUGCCAACUCUUGGUCAUAAUGAAUUAAUGUUUGCUGUUAGAUUUCAUUUCUUACCAUAGCCGUGUGUAUACUUCUAUUGUUAUUCCUGUGUACAAAUCACCUCUUCUGUCUCCUUUCAUUACUGGGACCUGACAUCAAGUGCAAUAGAAACCAGAGGAAUACUUGUUUGAAUUCUGGCAAGCUGGUAACAUGUCAUGCUCAUGGUCUAGAAUUCAAAUGACAGAAUUCAAAUGACCACCAUCUGCAGGUGGUGAUGGCCAGAGACCUAACUUCCUUCUAGUAACUUACCAUGUACAAACUUGUAUGACCUAUUUCAAGAUAUGAGAAACUUACUACAUGUAGAUAAUCUCUACACAGAUGUAUGGCAGACUUGUUCUGGUCAACUUCAGUCAGUGUAGAUCUGUGUAACUCCCUUCUUUCAACUAUUAUAUUUAUCCUUGCCACAGUAUUGAAUAAAUAUUGGAAAGUC